GAACUCAGACAUGGCUGCUGCAAAGUUGAUUUUGAUGGUGGUGCUCCUUGCAUUGUUGACUUUCGUGGAACAAACCAAAUCUGAAAACAAGUGCUCAGUUAACCCAUCCUCCGUUAUUCUUUGUGAGAAUGCCAAAGCAAUCAUUGGGUGCCCAAACAGGAAAAAAUUGCAUAUAGUUUACGCGUCUUAUGGCAGACAUACCCGUAGUAUCUGCCCUCACCAUAGCAUUCACACCACUUCUUGUCAUGCAUCGCACUCCCUUCUGAAAGUGAGUUUAAGAUGCAACGGCAGAAUCGCCUGUCAUAUACAUGCAAGUCACUUGUUGUUCGGUGACCCGUGCUAUGGAACGUACAAGUAUCUUUAUGUCAGCUACGUCUGCUACUAA